UUCGGCCUAUUUUCUUCUCAAGCUCAACUUGUCUUCCUGUGGUGAAAGUAGAAAAUAAAAAUGGACAGCAACAUGUCCAAUAUUUGUAGCACGCGUGGGCAGCUCCAACAACACCCACAAGUUUACCUUCACGUCACUUCUACUGCGAUCAGGUGGCUCUUCAAAUAGAUCAACCCCGGAGAUCCAACAGCUCCGUGCCGGUCUGCGUGUGCGUGCGUGUCUGAGUGUGUGUGUUGGAGUUAGGUGAGGGGGAGCAUAGAGGCGUGGUCCUGUGCGCCACGCGUUGCUAAGCGCAAAUUUAGCAUAUAAGCGCAAAAUGAGCAGCAGUGCCGUGCAGCCUGCGGCACACUGAGCGACCUGAGGAAUUCAACAGGUACCUAAAGACAUUCGCGAGCUCCCUGUCUUCUAGCGUGGACGCACAGCCUGAAAUAGACCCAGCUGCCUGAGCGCAUUUGGUGUGAUGGAUGAAUUCAAAUGCGCUUCCCUUUGGCACAUUGUUAUACUCCAGUAAUCUCCGGAGAGUUCUACAUCUGGAAUAAUUAGCUACACCAGGAAGAUAUUUUGAACACCUUUGGAGAAUUUAGAGAUAAAAAUCCUUAAUAGCAACAGUAUUUUCUCCAUCAUGAAGAGGUCUCUUCCUUUAAUUGGCUGGGUUAGAGCAACAUGUUUGCUCCUGUGCUUGACCCAGUCUGCCCUGGCCAUGGUCCUUCCAAAUUCCACCCAGUUCGAGUCCAUUCUGGACAAAUACAGGAACAAAGAUGAAGAGUGGUGGAAGGCGAAAUCAAGAGGGAAGAGGGCAAUCAGUGAGGGAGACAUGCACCUCAUCCUGGACCUACACAACAAGCUGCGGGGUCAGGUGUACCCUCCUGCCUCCAACAUGGAGUACAUGGUAUGGGAUUAUGAGUUAGAGAGGAGUGCAGAGCACUGGGCCCAUUCCUGCCGAUGGGAGCAUGGACCGAGCCACAUGUUGACACAAAUAGGCCAAAAUCUUGGAACGCACUGGGGCAGGGACAGACCGCCAACCUACCAUGUCCAAGCUUGGUAUGAUGAGGUGCGGUAUUACAGCUAUCCAUACUCACAGGAAUGUAAUCCACAUUGUCCAUUCAGAUGUUCAGGACCUGUUUGUACACACUACACUCAGUUGGUGUGGGCAACUACUAAUCGUAUUGGCUGUGCCAUCAAUGUAUGUUACAACAUGAAUGUGUGGGGAAUGAUCUGGGCCAAAGCAGUCUAUCUCGUCUGCAACUACUCUCCACCGGGAAACUGGUGGGGUCAUGCUCCAUACAAAUAUGGAACUCCCUGUUCUGCCUGUCCAGCCAGCUAUGGUGGUGGCUGCAGGGACAACCUGUGCUAUAAUGGGGGUGUUGAAAGGCGUCCAGCCUCAGAGACUGAAGAGACCAACUACAUUGAACCUGAACCAGUUAGGGACAGAGAACCCCAAACAAGGACCCAGACGCCAAAUCCAUCAACCAGUGACAAAGUUGAGAGAAACCAAGUUGUCAGCACAGAGCAGAUGUCCCAACAGGUCGACUGUGAGACCAAGCUGAGAGAUCGCUGCAAGGGAACAACGUGCAACAGAUAUGAGUGUCCACCUGGAUGCUUUGACAGACCAGGAAAAGUAGUAGGGACUGCAUACUAUGACAUGCAAUCCAGUGUGUGUGGAGCUGGACUACACUCUGGAGUCAUUGAUAAUGAUGGAGGAUGGUUGGAUGUGACCCGACUGGGCAGAAAACAGCAAUUUAUGAAAUCAUACAAGAAUGGUAUCCAGUCUAUUGGGAAAAACAGAAGUGCAAAUUCCUUCAAAGUACAGUCAGUCCCAGUCAAGGCAGUAACAUGCGAUACCACGGUGGCGCUCUUCUGUCCUUUCAAGAAGCCUGCUCGACACUGUCCCAGGUUGUAUUGUCCCAGGAACUGUUUGUAUGACAGUCAAGCCCGAGUCACUGGGACAAAAUACUACUUAGAUAAAUCUAGCAUCUGCAGAGCAGCUAUUCAUGCAGGAGUGAUCCAGAAUGAAUCAGGCGGUUACCUUGACGUGAUGCCAGUGGACAAAAGGCAGCAGUAUAGUGGCAGUUACCAGAACGGCAUCACCUCUGAGAGUCUACUGAAUCCCACAGGAGGAAAAGCCUUCAGAGUUUUUGCAGUCAUCUGAA